AUGGCAGCGGACGCAACUGCAUCGCCGGAUGCAUCGCCGGACGGCGACGGCGACCGGCGAAGCGUCGCGCAGGUAGUGGAGGACAUUGGAUAUGGCCCCAGCCAGGUGGUCACCUCGAGCCUGGUGAACGGCUCGUGGCUGGCGGACGGCUGCGAGCUGCUGGUGCUCAGCUCCGUGGGCGCGGCCGUGGCGGCGGAGUGGCAGCUCUCUGCGAUGCAGCAGGGCAUGCUGCUGUCCGCGGUGUACGUGGGGGUGCUGCUGGGCAAUUUGUGCAGCGGCCUGGUGGGAGACACCUUGGGCCGCAGGGUGGCGGUGCUGCUGUGCUUCCCGGUGAUUGCCAUAGUGAGCGUGGCCAGCGCUGCGGCGUGGAGCUUUGGGUCGCUGCUGUGCCUGCGGUUUCUGGUGGGCCUCGGCUUCGGCACGGGCCAGCCCUCGGCGGUGGCCAUCUUGAUGGAGGUGUCCCCCGCCAAGUUCCGGCCCCUGAACCAGGCCUUAGCCCAGCUGGCCUUUGCCCUGGGCGAGCUCUACUGCUGUUUGGUGAUGUGGUACGACGACCCCUCCUUGAAGCAGCUCAACUGGCGCUGGCUGCUGAUGGCCAACGCUCUUCCGGCGGCAGUCUUCUGGUUGCUGAGCUGGCCCCUGCUGCAGGAGUCUCCGGUCUUCUCCGUGGCCAAGGGCAAGCUGGAGGAGGCGCACAGAACCUUGGACCUCAUGCGGCGCUGGAACUCAAAGCCGGACCUGAACAUCGCCGUAAGAGGUGCAGAAGGAGAAGUGGGGCCGAGCUUUUGGAAGCAGCUGCCGGGCAUACUCACAGGCAGCACCUUCGCCUUGUGCCUGGUGUGCUUUAGCUACAACCUCACCAUCUACGGCGCAUUCACCGCCUUCCCUCAGCUGCUGCCCAGGCUUUUGGGGCAAGGGAGCCGCACCCCCGUGGCGGAGCUCGCCCGAGGGGCCUUCAUGGAAAUCCCGGGGGACGUGAUGGGCCUGGUCUUUGGCCUGUCCUUGCCCCGGAAGUGGGUGCUCUACGUCUACUUCCUGGGCCUCGGCAUCUCCAGCCUCCUGUUCUGCAGCCAGAACGAGUCCUUCAUCUUGCUGGGCUACUACGGCAGCAAGGCCUUCCCGCAGCUCGGCUCGGUGUCGCUCUACGUCCUGGCGGCGGAGUCCUUCGGCCCCGCGGUGCGCGCCAGCGGCACCGCGCUGGUGCUCGCCGUGGGGCGCCUGGGCGCCUGUGUGGCGCCGUUGUUCUACGAACUGCUCGUCACCACCUGGUCUUCUUUGGCCUUCUUCUACACCUCUGCGGGGUUGAUGCUCCUGUGCGCGCUGGUGACCUUAGUCUUCGUCCCGGAGACUUUCUGCUUCGUCGCGAAGGAGGCAACGCCCUUGGCGACCAACCACAAGCUGUACGGCUCUGUGCGGGAGGAGGCACAGCUGUGCAUGUUGCCGGUGCAGGACAUGGAACAAUAUGGGCUGCCGGAGGUGACAGCGGUGAACUGGGGCCAGUGGCACGGGCCCUACGCGCUGCCGCCGCAGCGUCUGGUGCUCUGCGCGCGGAGUCGGCAAGCCUUCUACUGGGCCAACGGAGGUGCCCACCCGCUUCACUUUAUGGAGGACCUCCUGCCCACCUUGCUUCACCUUUGGCCUGAGUCGGCCGAAAAGGGCCAGUUCAUUUGGGUGCUGGACCCAGACUUCAACUUCAUUGUGGCGCCGAGUUGGCAGCGGGCCAACUUGCUGGCCUCGCCGAAGGAGGUGAAGCACGGGGAUCUGGUGCCCGGGGAGAACUUCUUCGGGCACAAUGGCCUGGCGGGCCCGUACAGAGGUGUCGCCCGCCUGGGCGGUGAGUUCAACCUGGACGGCUUCUUGGACGUUUCGGCUGGUUUGCGCGUCCCAUCUUUGGACCUAGAGAGAAACUCGUAG